AUGAAGAAUAUUCACAGCGAUUCGUUUCUCCCCCAGCCGAUCCGAACAAGAUGCCAAGUAAAAAGUAAGAACAAGCAGUGUCACUCGUAUCAAUCCAGCGUAAGAAUCACCAAAUUAUCUCUUCGUGAAUCGUUGGAAAAGAGUGACAUAGUAUCUCAAUCAACGAAACAGCAUUCCGGAGCGAGCUGUACGAGAUUUAUUUCUCAAAAGAUUUAUCCCAACACCUACGUUCGACCGGCAGAAGAUGCAUUAGCACAUAGUCCACCGGAUAAAAACGGCCAGAAUGAUCUUUCAUCAUUCUCAAUCAAGCAGACGACACCAUACAAUUUUGCAUCAUUAUUACCUUCUGGAAUAUCUUGUGUCACUCAUCCAAUUGUUGGUAUCAAGAAAAACAAGGCUUCCAGUAGAUCAUAUACAAAUAAAGAAAAUCGUAUACAAUCUUUUGACGAUCAUCGAAAACGAAAAAAACGGCAAAAGCGUUGUUGCUGCUCAUGUACUCCAUUGUGCACGUUUUUAUCAACCAUGGGCGGGAUUUUUCUUGCUGUUCUUCUUGCUGGAAUCCUUGUGAAAAUUCUAUCAAGAAAGGAUACUAACAUCAAAACGACGACUACAACAUCCACAGCGUCAACGACAAACACGACAGCGAUUUGCAGUCCACCUUGUCUCAAUGGUGGCACUUGUGUGCUUUCCAAUAAUACAUGUCUAUGUAUUUCUGAUGUCUGGACAGGAUCACAGUGUCAAACACCGAUGAGAAUCUUCUGGGCAUUCGACAAUAAUCUGCUUGACUUAUACGGAAACUUUCCUGGCAGUGGGAAAAACAAUCCAACCUACCAAUCGCCUGGAAUUACCGGCUAUGGUUCAUGUUUGUAUCUCAACGGUUCACUAAAUCAAUCGGUGACGGUUUACGAACCUCCGUUUUUGAAUAUGGCGUAUACAUCGUUCUCCUUAACCGUUUGGGCUCGAGCGAAUUCGUUCCGAACUGGAUGCGGUAUUGGAAUUUGUGAUAAUGCUAUAUUUGGUCAACAUGAUCAAAACACCGUGCGCCGCUCUCUGCAUAUUACAGUGAGAUAUCAAACGAUCUACUUGGGAUUCUACGGUGAUGAUAUAAGUGGUAGUCUAGUUCUUCAGCCUCUAGUAUGGUAUCAUAUGGCAUUUGUCUAUGAUUAUCAGAAUCGAGAACAAUUAGUAUAUGUUAAUGGAGAUCUUGAUAACUCAGGGUCUCUUAAAGGCCCGUAUGAAGGUAUCAGUGGUGAUCUAACCAUUGGUACCAAUGGGGUCGGUUCACCGAACUUCUGGGAUGGUUGUCUCGACCAAAUCACGUAUUUUUCUCGCGCCAAAAGUGCUGCUGAGGUAUUACGAGAUGCUACCCUUACAGUUUCAUAUACAUUCAACAACAAUACACUUGAUGACGGUCCUCUCGGGAUUAAUGGUACUGGUAUCAAUGUGCAGUAUUCCCCUUUUGGUCGAGUCAAUCAAAGUCUAAAACUAUCGAACAGUUCGUCUUUUGUUGAAGCUCGUGGUCUUGUCUAUUUGGGUACAAACGGCUAUUCCUAUUCCAUCGUCAUCUGGAUUCGACCUACUUCAGUCGCAGGUGGCACGAUUGUUCAUGUAUCACCUACUUCAGGGACUAUAACAUGGUCAAUGCCAAUGCUUGGUUUCACAAAUGCAGGCAAUAUCGGUGUUCAAAGUUGUAGUAGCAGCGGUGUGGUUUCUUUGAUAGGACCCCUCAUCUCUACUGGAGUAUGGACACAUGUCGCCAUCACUUAUUCAUCAUUGAAUGGAUUGCGACUAUGGAUUAAUGGCACGCUAUUCAAUACAUCAUCACCGAAUUUUGUAUGGUCGACGAUCAACGCACCCGUGACAAUUACAUUGGGUGCCUCACCGAGUAACGUUGGUGCUUGUGCAUCUGGUGUGAUCACCACAGGUCAAUAUUCUGAUUUGUUAGAUGAAUUUCAGUUAUACUCAAGAGAACUAUUAGCAGCUGAAGUCAUGAAUCUAGCUACUCCUUAG